CCCUGCUUGCCACAGCCAGUGAGCCCAGUCAUUAGAAUGCAAAAUGGGAUGUUUCUCUAAGUGUGGAAGAGAGGAAUGGUGGAGCAGAACAGUGGCUGGACAUGACAAACAGAAGUUUAACUAAUCUGCAGAUGUCCUGAGCAAUAACAACAGAUUCGAAGGUUAAUUAUAAGAACCGAACUGACCACAAAGGAAUAUCUAAGCUAAGCCAAGAUGGAAGAAUUUCCAACAGCACUUGAGACUGAAAGCGGCACAGCGCUGGCACCAGCGGUGGACAUUAGCAAAGGAGUAACUGUGGAGGCCCUGCAGACCCUGGAAAAACCAUUGAGUCAAGCUGCUCUGGUUAUGACCGAAGGAGACGACUCUGUGUUUUACAGUGAAGAUGAAGAAAUUCCACAGAAAGUGUCCAUUUGUGCUCCACAGUAUAUGUCUGUGGGACCCCCUGGGCCUGUACAGCCUCCGUCUUCACCCCAAAUUCAGAAUUCAGGAGCAGAAGAGUUAGUGCAGUCUCUGAGUCACAGCAUUGUGCUAAUGGAAGCAGACUCUACGCAUCACACUGGUGCCAUGCUGGAGGAAGAAGAGAGGUUAAUGGAGAAUAAAGUGAAUCAUGUUUCAUCUUUAGUCCACGUUCAGGAAACAGCAUCUAAAAACAGCCCCGUCCACAAUGAAGAGCCCUUAAAAGUACAGUGCACAGUGUCUGCUAGAGCUGAGGCUGCGCCAGUGCCUAUUCAGCACAACAAGCAGAUAGACAAGAGCAUACUGGCACACAAGAUGACUGAGAAUCCAUCAGAACCGCAACCGGACCAGGCGUCAGAAACACAGGAGAGAGACACAGCAAGGGCAGAUGGAAGCACUGCCACAGCUGAAGGACAUGAAGACACAGAGGAGCCGGCCCAAGGCAACGAAUCAUCUGACCACUCGCGCCAAGCGAAGUAUGGAACGGUCUCAUACAGGCGGAUUCGCAGAGGCCUUGCACGACAGAGGAUCGAGGAGUUUGAGGCCAUGAUGCAGCUCUGAAAAUGUGCUGAAGGGCCUCAAGGAAACGUGAGUUCAAGGACUAGACUGACUGAAUUUGCUUGAGCUGCAACAGCUUUUCUAACAAAAGAGACUUUUUUUGUUAUUUUCCUCAUUGACUUGUUGAGAGUAAGUAAAUGUUUGUGGUUCAUUUAAUAGGUCAGUUAUCAAUGAAUGACCCAGUUUCCCUUGUGUGAAGCUACAGUGAGCUAUUAGGAUGGGAUUUCUGAGCUGAGAAAUAUGAGAAAAUACUAGGUUAAUUAAACACUAAAACACUACGAGACUAAACAAAUAAGAGGAUGAAGGCACACAAUCCUCCAAACAGAAGACUCAUUACUGGAAUAUUUGUACAGCUAAGUCUAAGCUAAGUCAGUUCAUGCUGCAGCUUGGCUACACUGUUAACACGUGUGCCUUCAUCCUGUACACUCACGUGCAUAAAUAUUAUCAGAAUGAACCUUGAUAUUAAGUAAAGUUUCUGCAAAACAUGGCCAACUUAAUAUUUAUGAAUUAAACAGACUGGAAGGACAAUAAUCACUGCUGUGGAAUAGAUUUCUAUCAGCUUACACUGCAAGAGGGUAACAAUAAAAGAGAAUAGUGUAAAGUAAACACAACAAAAUCUACACUUGGCUAUCAGUCUGGCUAUCAGUCCUUUCAGUGGCAUGUGUUAUAUUUAAACUGACAUUCAGUUUGUCUGUACAUUAUUGGACAAUGAUGUUUUUUUGGGGUUGUUUUGUGACUCCAGCCUAUUGGAUUUCAGAUGAAAGUGAAAUUAAAGUAUAGUGUGUCAGCUUUACUAUCUGAGGUAAAGGAUUCAUGACUAAUUUCAUUAUAAAAUAAAUAAACAUAAUGGAUAAAAA